AUGAAGGACGUCUCCAACUCAUCCCGGGCCGCCCGCCCUUCUGCCUACCCCAAGAAGAAGCCAUCGCCAUACGGCGUGUCGAAAUCUUCGCGGAGGCAAUCACCACUUUACCCGCCCCACUCCCUCAUCCGCAAGACCCCUCGUGCUGCGAAGGCGGAGCAAAUCGCGCAACGACAGCGGUACCUGCAGAUCAGCGCUCUGCGCCGGGAAGGUAUCUACCUGGAAGAGGAGUAUCACGACGAGAUUCGUGGAUAUAUGCACGAGAUGGAGCGCAGCACGAUGUGUCAUAUGGUGUCGAUGGACCAACAACCAGAGAUCCGAUGGCAUAUGCGUCCCUGCUUGGUGGACUUCCUCGUGGAGCUUCACUUCGUCUUCAGGCUACGCCCCGAAACGCUCUACCUCACGCUGAACAUUAUCGACCGCUACGUCUCGAAGCGGAUCGUCUACGUCAAGCACUACCAGCUUGUCGGAUGCGCCGCUCUCUGGAUCGCUGCGAAGUUCGAGGACGCCAAGGAGCGCGUACCUACUGUUCAGGACCUCGCUCAGAUGUGCCAGGAGACUUACGACGAGUCGGCGUUCAUCCAGAUGGAGGGCCACGUUCUCUCGACAAUUCAGUGGACGCUGGGUCACCCGACGGCGGAAUCGUGGUUGCGCAUCCUUUGCUGUGGCCCGAUCAUCGAGGAGCAGAAAGUGCAACACGUCGCUCGCUUUCUCAUGGAGAUCACGCUGUUCUACCGCGAGUUCUGCCAGUACCCAUCUUCGGCUGUGGCGCUGGGCUCGCUGACGCUUGCGCGUUCCCUCUGUGGAAAGAGCCGUCGCAUCUUCGAGGAGACUGAGGAGUGCCUUGAGAUCGUGGAGCACCUGGACAACCGCUUGGCGAAGCACGCGAACGACCUGUCGGAGACGCUUGUCAAGAAGUACUCCUACGCCUUCUACUCGAAGGCGGCGACGUUCGUUCUCCAGUUUUACCUCCAAGGCGGCCGCUUCCAGCUCCAGAAUACGCUCGCCUUCCCCAUGACGCCCGUGCGGACGCACUCGCCCAAGGUGUGCACGCCCAUGAGCGUCUCCACGACGGCUUCGGACCUAUCGGACGACAUGCCAGCGACGCCAACUAGCCCUAUGUUUUCUAGCGACGCGUUCGGGAGCUCGUACAUGUCGGACGACAAGGAAAACCUUCCCUCCCCGAAGUUCGAGCCCGUGAUCAACAAGCAGCUCAUCGAGCAAGUUCCUGAGCAGUUCUUGCCUCACGACUUCGUCAAGUACCAGCGCCAGGCUCUUCACAACCUGAACGUCGGGUCACCUCGACCUGCCGUGGUCUCGUGA